AAUAGAAAGCUAUCCACUAAAUUUUCAAUAGAAAAGAAAGAAAGGUAAACGGCCAAGUGAGCUUCACUCUCAUCCUUUAACCAUGGCCACAACCUCAUCCACCCAUCUCCACCUCCACCUCCCUCUCCUCCCUCUUCCCCAACCCCACCACCGCACCUUCCUUCCCUUACCCACCACCCUCCUCCGCCGUAACCUCCGUUCCCUCACCGUUUCCGUGGGAACAGACAUACUAGGAGACUUCGGCGCCAGAGACCCAUUUCCGGAGGAAAUCGCGAGCAAUUUCGGGGAAAAAGUUAUCGGAUUUUCCGAUACAGAGCACAAGAUUCUGAUCCCUAAUGCCCGAGCCUUGGCUCUCUCUGAACAAGAGUGUGUUCCAGUUUCUUCAUUGCAGGCUCCAAUGGCAGAGGAUGAAGCCAAAAAGCUCCUGAGGAAGGUUGUGGGUUGGAAAUUGGUGGAUGGUGGAAGAGGGGAAUUAAAGCUUCAAUGUUUAUGGAAAUUGAGGGAUUUUAAAUGCAGUGUUGAGCUGAUUAAUAGAAUUUGUAAAGUUGUUGAGAAUGUUGGCCAUUUUCCUGAUCUUCAUUUGGAGCAACCCAAUCAAGUUAGAGCUGAGCUUUGGACUUCAUCCAUUGGAGGGUUGAGCAUGAAUGAUUAUAUAGUAGCUGCAAAAAUUGAUGAGAUUAAAACAUCAGAUCUUGCUCCCAGGAAAAGAGCUUGGGCAUGAACUCAACCACUUCUUUUUUCUUGAUUUUCUUUUCCAUAUUUUAAUUUGUAUGAAUAAAACCUUUUCUUUUUCAUCUUCUUAAUUCUCUUAAAGCCUCUUGUAUACGAACUGUUUCAUAAUUUGAUUUUUUUUGGUCUGAUGAUAAGCAAGGCAUUUCAAAUUUAGUGUUA